GGAGCAUGCGCCGCCGCCCAAGCGGGCCCGGCGGCCUCUGCUUGGCAGUCGCAGCUCCGUUGCCCAGCCGGGCGAGUUUGCAGCCGCCGCGUCGCUUGGUUAGGGCUCUGCUAGGGCGGGGUCUACCGGGGCCCUGCCUGCUCCAGCCGAGCGCACCCUCGCGCCGUGUGAUCCAGCGCCCCCGGGGCAGCGGGAGGUCCCCAGCUACGGCUCAGGGAGAGCGGGGAGAGCCCGGCAGAGACCAUGGGGCUGGAGAAGGAGAAAGCGGACACCAAGAUCUUCAUCGACGACGAGAGCUUCAACCGAAGCAGCAGCCCCGCUCUGUCCGACACGGAGAAGAGCUUGGAGAAAGUCCCGGACAGAGAUCCACACGGGCUCAACAGCCAUCUGAAGCUAGGAUUUGAGGACGUGAUUGCAGAGCCUGCCUCCACACACUCCUUUGACAGAGUUUGGAUCUGCAGCCAUGCACUGUUUGAGCUCAGCAGAUACCUGAUCUACAAGCUCCUGACUCUUUUCUUGGCCAUCCCCCUAGCCCUAGUUGCAGGAAUUCUCUUUGCGGUGCUCAGCUGCCUGCAUAUCUGGAUUGUGGUGCCUUUCAUAAAGUCCUGCUUCGUGGUCUUGCCCUCAGUGCAGGCUGUAUGGAAGAGUGUGAUGGAAAUUCUUGUUGCACCACUAUUUCACAGCAUAGGAAAGUGUUGUGCAACAAUCAGCAUACGUCUUGACCAAGAGUGAACAUCUGGGAUUCAAUAACACACUCAUCUUCAGUGUUGUUAUACCUCCUCGCAGACAACAUGGGUGCACUUAACCAUUCAUUCCAAAACUACUAGCGCUUAAAUGGCUGGCUUUUUUUUUCUAGUGGGCUGCUCAUUUUCUGGAAAUGAAUCUUGCUGGGGAAGGGAGGAAGAGGUGGAUUAUUUGUCAAUUUUAUUGCUAACUGAAGAAUACUGGGAUAUAUUGGCAACAUUUUAUUUUAAUGGUACUUGUCUGGUCCCCAUCAAUGUUAUAGGGGGGCUCAUAUAUCUAUGAUAUUAUGGUCUAUGACCAUGACCAUACUUCGCCUGUAUUUUCCUGCUCUUAAUACUAAUUGCAGGCCAUCACCCAGCAUUGCAAUAACUAAAUCCCUUGAUAUUGUCUUUCCAGGGUUGAACAUGGCCCAUUUUUUCAGUGUUACACUCCGUAACUGAACCUUAGAAUUACAAAUGCCUCCAGAGUAUAUAUCAUUAUGCCUUGAAUACUUUCUCUUUCUGAAUCCUGACAUUCAAUUAGCUCCCUAACCAGCUAGUUCCUGUACAACCUAACAGCUGCUUGUAUAACCCAUCAGCAUCCCUGUGCUCCCAACAAUUCUUCUUUCCCAAAUCCAGUUGAAAAAUUCCCAGUCAGGGCCCAGUUGGGACCACAGGCAGCUGCAUCUUGGAAACAAGCGUGGAAUAAGUAUCCUCAAAGCUGGGACCUUGCUAUCAUUUUGGGUUUUCAGCUGGACUAUGGAGAGCAACAAGCACAAGCUAAUUCCCUGUUAACCAGGCAGAGGCAGUGUGUCAGGCUGCUAAUGUUUACACCAAGCCUGGCCCUUCCAGAAGCCCACUAGGGUCACUGUGGCGCAUCCCUCUUCCUUUCAGUGCUUGAAAGGGGUCUGGGACCUAUACACAUUCCCUGAGCUGGGUUCCAAUAGAUUCCCAGUUCAAACAUUAGAAUUCCUGAUGCCAGCAUGAAGCUUUUCCUUUUAUUCCAGUAAAUUAGAAAGCCUUGCUGAGCACCUCUCCAUUUGUAUCAGACUGGUAAGCCAGAUUCUGAAUUAGGCUGGCAAAGCAUCAUUCUUAAGGUGCUUUGCUGAAGAAUGCCCCCACCCCCCACCCCACCCCUCCUUGCCUCAUGAGUCUGGGUGUACUUAUGAGAAGCAUUUUCUUGAUUACUGUAUAGCUCUAAACAGGUUCUAUAAGAUUUCACUGUAGGAAAUCCAAAGAAAUAUGCAUACAAGUUUACACCAAAUUAUGGAGAAAAAGAAUCAAAUGCCUCUGGGUCCUGUUUACUAUGCAAAUUCCUAUUGCUAAAUUGCUAAAAAGCAAAACAGGUUUCUCCAAGAUGUGCUUUUUCUAAAAAAAAAGAUGCUAAUGAAACUGUUGGUUUGGGGUAAUGUUUUUGCUUUAUUUAAUGAAAUGUUUGAUUUUGCUGUAUAUAUUGUGUGUAUGUAUAUGAUACUAUAAUGAGUUUCACUGAUGCUUUAUUUUUACAUGCCUUGUAUUCUUGCCAAGCUUAAGAUAUUUGCUGCAAACAGUCUCUGCUCUGAUUAAUUUCUCUCUUGCACAGAAGAACUGUCUCAUGCGUGUUUUAGGCUUAUACACAAAGGAAACAGGGCAGGGCUACUUCUUUGUAUUCUGCACCCAGAACCUGAUAUAAAGUCCCAUUCUACUGAGAGCAAUGGAGAAUCCCAGAUAGAUACAGAAGAAAGAUGCCUCCAGGUAUGCAUAAUCUGGCUCAAAUGGGCUCUCCCUCUUGUUCCUGGCAAUGUCUCUCUAUUUCCACAACUGGAUGUGUGAUUUUCCUUGUGCAUCUUCUGUGCACAAAGGUAUUGGCAAGCAGCACAGUGGAGUUCAUGAACAUCUCUGCAGUGGUGUCAAUCAGUUUUUACUUGAGUGAAGUUGUCUAGAUAAUCAAAAAAUGUGCUGAAUUGUAAUGCAAUUCAAAAUGUACCAAAUACAGAAUUCCAUCUUUACUAUCCAAGUACCAGAAGUCAAACUAUGCAAAAGAUUUUGAAAGAUGCAUUUUUUAAAAAAAUGUUUUUAUUAAAACUGAUCUAUAGUAUAUUCAAGAUUUUGUGCCUUUGUACCUAUGGACAACACUUUAAUAACUUACAUAUUAAAUGUUUUAUUGACACUUUAA